GCUUAGUGAUGUAACAGCUACACAGUAAAUGACCGAGCUUGACUCGCACCCAUUGCUGUCUGACUCGAAGGCCCCUGGGCAGGUAUGUUCGCGCACAGGCUGCUCCCGAGCCUCAGAGCAAGCGUGGCCCCGACUUCUGGAGCUUUCUUCAUGGCUAAAGACAGCUGUCUUAUAAACUCCGACUCAUUCCAUACCCAGGCAGGGUUACCCAGAAACCAGGGUGCGACUGUGUCCCUCUCAGAGACAGUGCAGAAAUGGCGAGAAUACCGACGCCAGUGUCAACGCAACCUGACGGAGACUCCACCCCCGGUCACAGGCCUGUUCUGCAACCGGACCUUUGAUGACUAUGCCUGCUGGCCAGACGGGCCACCGGGCUCCUUUGUGAAUGUCAGCUGCCCCUGGUACCUGCCCUGGGCCAACAGCGUGCUGCAGGGCCACGUGUACCGCUUCUGCACCCCAGAGGGCCUGUGGCUGCACAGGGACAACUCCAGCCUGCCCUGGAGGGACCUGUCGGAGUGUGAGGAGUCCAAGCACGGGGAGAAAAGCUCCCCGGAGGAGCAGCUCCUGUCCCUUUACAUCAUCUACACAGUCGGCUACGCGCUGUCCUUCUCCGCCCUGGUCUUCGCCUCCGCCAUCCUCCUCAGCUUCAGGCACCUGCACUGCACCCGGAAUUACAUCCACCUGAACCUCUUUGCAUCCUUCAUCCUGCGAGCCCUGUCCGUCUUCAUCAAGGAUGCCGCCCUCAAGUGGAUGUAUAGCACAGCUGCACAGCAGCACCAGUGGGAUGGGCUCCUCUCCUACCAGGACUCUCUGGGCUGCCGCCUGGUGUUCCUGCUCAUGCAGUACUGCGUGGCGGCCAAUUACUACUGGCUGCUGGUGGAGGGCGUGUACCUCUACACCCUGCUGGCCUUCUCCGUCUUCUCCGAGCAGCGCGUCUUCAGGCUCUACCUGAGCAUAGGCUGGGGUGUUCCCCUGCUGUUUGUCAUCCCCUGGGGCAUUGUCAAGUACCUCUAUGAGGAUGAGGGAUGCUGGACCCGGAACUCAAACAUGAACUACUGGCUCAUCAUCCGGCUGCCCAUUCUAUUUGCCAUUGGGGUGAACUUCCUCAUCUUCAUCCGGGUCAUCUGCAUCGUGGUGUCCAAACUGAAAGCCAAUCUCAUGUGCAAGACGGAUAUCAAGUGCAGAUUGGCCAAGUCUACCCUGACACUCAUCCCCUUGCUGGGGACCCACGAGGUCAUCUUUGCCUUCGUGAUGGACGAACACGCCCGGGGAACCCUGCGCUUCAUCAAGCUGUUCACAGAGCUCUCCUUCACCUCCUUCCAGGGGCUGAUGGUGGCCAUCCUGUACUGCUUUGUCAACAAUGAGGUCCAGAUGGAGUUUCGGAAGAGCUGGGAGCGCUGGCGGCUGGAGCAUUUGCACAUCCAGAGAGACAGCAGCAUGAAGCCCCUCAAGUGCCCGACCAGCAGCCUGAGCAGUGGGGACAGGCAGAUGGGCAGUGCCUCUCGGGACCAGGGACACAUUUUCUCGGAGGAGAAGCAGCCUGCUAAUUUGAUCACUGUGGCAAGGGGAGAGGAAAAACGAUUGCUGCUAAAAUGAGGAGGAGUUCUUCCUGUUAAGCCACAAGGCCCUUGGGGUUCCCUCAGACAGAGCAGCACAUCAGCCCCGGACUCCAACGUGAGGUCAAUGGCUUGUUAGUGGGAUGGGGGCUCGCGGGAGGAGGAGGAACUGAGAGGCCGAUGUAACCUCAGCCGAACACGGAGCUUGCUAUGUGAGCCACUCUGCUUGUGUCCAGUUGGGAUCCCCAAGCUCAGGGGAGCUCUGUGUGCAUCUGGGCUGCUUGUUUCCCUGCUCUGCCCCUUCAUCUCACCUGGUUCCCCUCAAGGGCGUUGUUCGAGCCACCAGCCUCGGCCGUUUUCUGGAAAUGGCUAAGAGUGGUGUUGAGGAAGUGCCUGAGGGUUUCCUUUGCUGGUACCCACUUCUCCCAGGGUUCUGAGUUGCUCUGGUGCCUGCCUCUGCCCUCCCUGAGGAGCCAGGCCCACUGCCAAGGAGCCCAGCCCAAUUCCGCCCUCACGAAGAUGCUCAAGGGUUCAUCUAGUGACGCUUAAAGAAUGUCCCUGUGACCUGCCACUGCUGGGAAUCCAGAGGGCCAAGAGAUCCACUAUGGAAAUGCAGUCUGUCUGCAGCCAGUCUUUAUCUUGAGUGGAAGUUGGGUGCACCCCCUAAAUUUAGGGGAUGUGACUAGGAAGAGACUCCAGGGGAAACCCACAGUCCCCAUCAUUACCAUGGUGGCAGGCUCCCUGCCUUUGAAAUCCCUGCUCUUGGGAGCUUGUCUGUAUUUUAUUCACUUUUCUUUAUCGCUGUGAAUAGUCUGUAUGUGCAAAUGUGUAACUCUGAUUUCUCCUACCUGAUGGGAACAAGAACUAAAGCAUGGUGGUCGUGAUCAUAUUUAGGGGAAGUGGGGUCAUACUGAAUUUGACCCACCCACAUUUUGAGCUAAUAAUUCAUGUUUGCCUGGCCAGCCUCCAGCCUCAUCUCAUAAAUAAAGAGCAACAGAAAGGCUGGAUGGGGAAAAAAAAUCUAUCAAGCCUGCCCCUGGCCGUGGCGAGAAAGCAGACUCCUAGCGGCACUGCAGAGACCGGACAAAGGAGAACAGCCAUCCCGAGGAGGCAGGAGAUGAGAGCAUGGGAGCCAUGGAAGCCUCCAGAGUGGGAGCGAAGGUCUGCAAGGGCAGCGGGAGAGGGUGGAGCCCCCUGUGGGUCAACGUGGUGGGAGACCCUCCCCAAAGCUUACACCGGACACAUUCUCCUGUGCCCCCGUGAAAGGUGAAUGACGCACGGGAAAUAAUUGAACAUAAAACACGCCAAGCAGAAAAUGUCUUAUACUCAAGCUUCAGUGAAGUGUUGUGUCUGUGUUAGUGGGAAAGUGGGACCGCAGGCUAGAAAGAUGGGAACUGUGCAGACAGACUGCCUCCUGGACUGAGACGAUGGGGCAGGGCGCCGGGGGCUUCUCCUCCUUGGUACUUCUCACUUGCUUUCUCUCUAGAAGCACUGGUUGAUGGGGCAUGUGGCUCUGGUGCAAGGAUUUUGGUUUUAGAUAAUCUGGAAAAUCAUUAAUACGUUACGCAGAGCAAAGAAAAAGACUGAUAUAAUCUGCCUGCGAUACAUUUGUUGAGGGGAGAGGCUGUGGGAAAGAAAGUCUUAAUUGGGCAUCUGGAAAGCUCAGACAGUUGGAUCUGAGCUGGGAAUGAAGUUCUCUUCCCAACUGGAACUGUUGGCCCUGAUUUCAGGAAGUUCCUCACACCUCUACACCCCAAGACUUUUAAGCCCAGCAAAGUCUUUUCUUCACAGAUAGCAAAACCGAAGAAAUCUUUUCCUUGCUCCAAGCCCUCAUGCUAUUAAUAUUCAUUUGAAUGGCUCCACACUGCCUCUGAGCUAUUCCCAAACUUGCCUACACUAAAUAUAGCUCCAACAGGUCUGGGAAGUAUCGAAUACGAUGUACUUUGAAAUUCCGCUGGCUGUUUACAUGCCUUGUGCUCUAAGUCUAAGCCUGGAACUUGCUCGGAACUCUCUCGCCUGCAUCUGUCCCGGGGGUAAGAUUGUUGGCCAGUAGGGUGUAGGCACUGGCUUUGUUUAAACUGUGAAACCAGCAAGGUCUGAUAACUGUUGAGAAUGCUGGCCGGCUUCAGCACUCUGGCCAGCGCCUGUGACCUCGGUAGGGGCUCAAAACCUGCCACCAACCCCUGGCCUCUGCAGUCUUUUAGCCACUAAAUCAGAGAGCUGCACACAUCACACUGCACAGUUCCCUUCUCUUUUUUUUUCCCCAACAAUUUUCUGGAUUGAAGGCAUGAUGUUGAGCACCUCUGGUCACCUCACAAUGAAUAAUGAUGAUUAAUCGAUGGAGUUCUGAGAGACUCGGGGCAGAAAAGACCUUGGUGGUCCUUCUUGGCCUGAUCUACCAAAGCAAAAGUGAAGCUUACAGAGGUGACUUGCCCAAGGCCACAGUGCUAGCCUCUUGGUUCAGUGAGCCGUGUUGGAAGGACAAGUGAGUUUAAAUGGGCAUCUGACGUAUUCUCAGUGGAAGUCAGUAGCGUUGUCUAGAAUUUCUCCUGAAGAGGAAACAGUGCCAUCCCCUUGGUCGUUUACACUGGUUAGAGGAGGAAGGGAUGAGCCUACACAUUCUACUCCAGUAUUUCACCCAUCCUUGCCUUAAGAAAUUAGAUGCAUCAGAAAUCACAUAUUCAUAGGAACAGCACAGAUGUAUCUGUGGUUUUUGUUUUGGGGAAAAUUAUACUGACAACCGCAGAGCGUGCACUAAAGAAAAUCUGCGAGAAGGUCUUGACCCUCCCCCACCCCUCCCCUCUCGACUGCUGCACUCCCUGCAAACUGGGCAACUGCGGGACCAGCAGAGAUGGCGAGAGAGUUCGCAUCCCCGCCCUGAAAGGCUCAGUCACCCUCAUCAGUGCUGACCGUGUUUCAGCAGCUCACGGGUAGGAGACCCCCUCUCCCUGACCCCUUUCUGGUUCUUUCUUCUACCGGAGGAGCACUGCGCAUGUGCGCGUGUUUGUGCUGUGCGUAGCAGCGUAAAGUUGGGAUGAGUCCAGAAUUGUCGCCCCCACCGUGAAGGUCCUGGGGUUGCACAUCCCGGGUGAGAACAGCUGGGCGUUGGAGUGGUAUAUGCUUUCUCUCCAUGCGCAGACAGGGCUCACAUUAUUGCUAAUGCCUGCUACGUGCUCGGGGAAGACAAAAUAUGCUCCAAAGGUUUAUUUUCCCUCUGCUGAAUUGAUUCCAAUCUACAGUGCUGACCCUGCUUUUGGCUCCUACAAGGCAAACUAUAAAAAUCCUCAAAAUAUGUAGGCUUACUCUGCUCAUACAGCUAUGUAAAUGACACGCUAAAUGUUCAGCAGGAACUAAAUUAGCAUCAACUCUUUUUGUGUGUCAUUUGUUCUGUGUUUCCCUUUUGUGGCCAGAGUGAGUUCCCCGUGGGUUAGAAAGUGGCCCCGUGGAAGGGACUUCUGCAGACACCCACGCCUGCACGGCUUCCAGCUGACCCGGAUGGGCUCCCUGGCCCCACGAAGGGCCGCGUCAGGAAGCCUUGUUGAGCAGUAUCGUUUCAAAGGCUUUACUUAAUGCCACAUGUGUCUACAGUAUGUAUAAUUUCUGCUCUCUCAGGGGAUACAGAUGGGCAGGAAGCAGAUAAGAUCAUUGUUUUCCAGUAACUCCCCAGUUCUCCUUCAUCCAUCUGAAUCUCAGAGGGAAGAGGUCCCUCUUUUCCUCUUCGGCCGUCUCAACAGCUGAUUUCCAGGCCCUUACCUAGCAGUGUGGCUGUGCCCCCCCCAUGCAUCCAGCAUUGCUCCAACCCUCCUCCCACGCCUGCUGCCUCAGGAAGAGGUGACCCUGCUGGCCAUAACUGAGAAUGCCAUUCUUUCAGCUGUGACCAAUUUAGGGGUGCAGCUGAGAGCGAGGAGCUGCAGGGCUGAAAAUGAUGUACCACGUUCUACACCGUGGCACGGGGAGGAGCACUGCAGCCAGUGGCCCGCAUCUUGACUUACACAGAGGAGACGCAGCCUUUCUGGGGGACCUGUCACACCAUCAACCCAGACAAGCUAGCAUGACUUAUCACUGUGUCAAAGUGAUCCGGGAGAAGAAAAACUAUAAAUGACGACAUGGUGAAGAGAGCGCUUCCAUUCCCUGGAUCAGACAGCAACUUCAGUUCUUGCGUUCUGUGCCCCAAAGUCACUGGGACCAAUAAGCAAAAGGUAAAACGCACCCCCGACAGAGAGGGCUAGAUCUCGCCCAAUGGUUCGUGUUUUGCUUUCAGACCAGUAGGUAUUCUAAGGCCCUCCCUGUCAGAAAAACCAUUGCAUCCUCAAAGCAGAUGAAAUUCAAGAACUCGUUGGUUUGGAGGGAUUCGAUGCAGGUCUGCCUUUUAAAAUAAAUGCACCUAGAGAGAGGUGAGCUAAGCUCGCACGAGGGACGAAGCUAAAUUUCUACCUUUAGUGCUCACGGGGGAUGUUUCCUCUUCAUGAAUGUUUAAACAAGAUCAUUUCAUGUGAUUUCUUCAUGUAUAAAUUCUGUAAAAUAUGGCCUGCAUCUGAAGGUAGCGAAUGUGCGUGGUGUAUAAUUAUUUGUAUGGAUGUGAAUGGAUGCAGGCUCUUUCCUAAUUUGCCUUGUAAGUCAAAUAAAAAGCCUGUCACCACUGUGCCUCUCUUGCUCUUCCUUUGGGAGAGGAGGUUGUCUGCAAUGUCAACCCAGGUGACUCAACGCAGAGGAAAAGCAAAAGACGCCAACUCCAGCCCGCGGAGGAGAAAGCCCUUGCUCCUUAUUCACGUCGCGAUCCUCAUCUUCAGAGCACUCACCGAGUACUAAUUUACCAGCUGCAGCCUUUAUGAGGGGGCUGCGAUGUCAUUUCAUUAGAGAAGUCGGGUGGUCGAGCGGCUUAAACAACGACCGAUGGCCAAAGGGGUGUGUAUUCUAAUUCCACUCAUUCACUUGAUCUCCCCUGUCUAAAUGAACUCUUCAGUCUAUUUAAAAAAAAAAAAAAACAAGUCAUAAAAGCAUGAGCCUUGUAUGCAAAGCAACC